AGCAGUACGAUAUGGCAGAAGCAGAGGGAUCUCGCCGGGAAGAGACUGUUCUUGCGCUUGCAGUUUCGUCUUCGGCCGAAGAGCCUUCUGUCCUUGCUGCGGAAGAAGCCGAGCGGCUGGAGAAGGACGCAGGCGAGGUGAAGGAGGAGGGGCUGCCUGUAGAGAAUAAAAGCAAGGACACUUCAGAUUUGGUUCUAGGAGAAACGGAGGAGUCUAUAUCACAGUCUGGUACAGCCAAGAAAAUAAAAAUAGAAAUAAAGGAGAAGAAAGAAAAGAAACAUAAAGUAGAUGAAGAUGAAAUUCAAAAAAUGCAAAUCCUAGUUUCAUCUUUUUCUGAAGAACAGCUAAAUCGCUAUGAAAUGUAUCGGCGGUCAGCUUUUCCUAAGGCUGCCAUUAAACGGCUGAUCCAGUCAAUUACUGGAACUUCUGUCUCUCAGAAUGUUGUUAUUGCCAUGUCAGGAAUUUCCAAAGUAUUUGUUGGAGAAGUAGUAGAAGAAGCACUUGAUGUAUGUGAGAAGUGGGGAGAAUCACCACCUCUACAGCCCAAACACAUGCGUGAGGCAGUCAGACGACUGAAGUCAAGAGGACAAAUCCCCAAUUCAAAAUACAAAAAAAUUCUCUUCCACUGAAGCACAGCUAUCAAGUUGGAGAUUUUGCAGCUUCAAUUAUGUGAAUAGGACUUUUGCUUCUAGACUGUUUAAAGUCAUCUGAUAAUGCACCAUAUUGCACAAUAUUGAAGACAUCUCCAAUAAAAAUAAACUGAUUCUGAAAUCCUGAGUAACUGAAAACAGAAUCUAGAGGAUAAGUUAUUUGAACUCAGUAAAUGAGCAUUUUCUUAAUGCAGAGAAAUAAGCUUGAUGAAACUGCUAUAAGAUUUGAGUUUUUAUAAGAGAACAAAGACACCUAAAACAGACAUUUGUUAUUGCUUACAGUGCAGUAAGAAUGAAAAUAACUUUCAUCCCAAAUAAAGGAAUUACAUUUAACUAA